UUCCAGUGGAUUGCGCCCGUACUACAAAUUGCUCUUGGCGAAUUGUUGGUCUUUGUCUAGUUUGUAUGACUGUCCAAGAUGGCAGCGCUAUUAGGACUCCGUGCUUGCGUCUCCGCUCUUCAACUGUCCUCACCGAGCCUUGUGCAGAGCUCAUUUAAACUAUGUGCUGUGCCUCUGAGUCGGCGGACCUUCGCUGCAGAGGCUAAGAAGAUUUACAGCAGAGACAAGCCCCACGUCAACGUUGGAACCAUUGGACAUGUCGAUCAUGGCAAGACCACCCUAACUGCAGCCAUAACAAAGGUACUUGCCGAUGCCGGUGGUGCCAACUUUAAAAAGUAUGAGGAUAUUGACAACGCCCCUGAGGAAAAGGCCCGAGGAAUCACCAUCAACGCCUCUCAUGUUGAAUAUACCACAGCCAACAGACAUUACGCUCACACAGACUGCCCCGGUCAUGCUGACUAUGUCAAGAACAUGAUUACAGGCACUGCUCAGAUGGACGGCUGCAUCCUGGUGGUGGCGGCCACUGACGGCCAGAUGCCCCAAACACGUGAGCACCUGCUGCUGGCGAGGCAGAUCGGGGUCGAGCACGUGGUGGUGUUCAUCAACAAGGCGGACGCGGUGGAGGACAAGGAGAUGCUUGAGCUGGUGGAGAUCGAGAUUCGUGAGCUUCUUACAGAGUUCGGCUACGACGGCAACAACACGCCUGUAGUGAUAGGCUCUGCCCUCUGUGCUCUGGAGGGUCGUGAGCCAGAGCUUGGAAUCAGUGCAGUCAUUAAACUGCUGGAGAUUGUGGAUUCGUAUGUUCCAUUGCCCAAAAGAGAACUGGAAAAGGCGUUCCUUCUGCCUGUCGAAGGUGUUUAUUCUAUCCCAGGCAGGGGGACGGUAGUGACCGGCACCAUGGAGAGGGGCAUUAUUAAGAAAGGGGACGACUGUGAGUUUGUGGGUCACAAUCGCAGCUUCAAAUCUGUGGUUACAGGCAUCGAGAUGUUCCAUAAAUCUCUGGAACGGGCCGAGGCUGGAGACAACCUGGGUGCUCUUGUCCGAGGCCUGAAGAGGGAGGACGUGAAAAGAGGGAUGGUGAUGUGUAAGCCGGGAUCGAUCAAGCCUCACCAGAAAGUCAACGCUCAGGUGUAUGUUCUAAGUAAAGAGGAGGGAGGACGACACAAGCCGUUUGUCACCAACUUCAUGCCGGUGGUGUUCUCCUUAACGUGGGACAUGGCCUGCAGAGUCACUCUGCCUUCUGGCAAGGAAAUGGUGAUGCCGGGGGAGGACACCUCCUUGACCCUCACGCUCCGACAACCAAUGGUCCUGGAGAAAGGUCAAAGGUUCACUCUUAGAGACGGCAACAGAACUAUCGGCACUGGCCUGGUGACGGACAUCCUGACAAUGACAGACGAAGACCAGUGGGUCUCAUAAGAAGGUGUAAAGGGAACUCGGGGUUGGGGGGGGCAGGGGGUAUUUGGCACGAACUUAAUGGAAGGUGGUUGUCUGUGUCUGCCUCAAUGAAAUACUGUAAUCCCCCCAAAUUGCAAAUACACAGGAUACUUUACAGCUUCAUCCCAUGUGUUGCGAUAUUACAUUCAUCCAAAAUAUUUGUAAAGGGCCAGACUGCUUCAUGUCAUUUAUAUAAUAAAAUUUUAUUAAAUAACAACUUCAGUUUUUAUUAGUUUUUUUGCCCCUCCCACCUAUAGGCAAACACUCAUGUGAAACAGGACAGAUGACAGUACUUAGUUCACUACGUCAACACACGAGGGCAGCAAAGAGGCUUUGAGCGCCUUUUUGGAAUCGUACCACUGGAAUUCAGUUAGUACUGUCUUGGUGUAGAUUAGUUAAACCAAGAUUGAUUGUAAAUACUAUAUUUAGCUUUUCUCUAUAUACAGGAUGGUUAUUUAAUCUAUGUGAAUUUAAAAAUAAGAGCAUGUCCAUUUAAACAGUUUGAAUUUGCACAUGAAAAAAUAUUUGUGUAAAAUUAAUACAGUAUAGUAGCAAAAAAAUCAAUUAGAGAAGUAUAAAGGAACAGACCAUUCUCUUGUUGUAUGUGCUGCUGCUCCAUGUGUGUUAAAGUAGCAGUGUAUGAAGGUUUAUAAUUACCGUAACGUGCAUACUAACGCCCAUUAGGCUUGUCUAGGGUGUUCCAUAUUUAUGUGAGCAUUAAGAGUUAAUAAAUGGUGGGUCAUCAUUUUGGUGUGUAAAUAUACAAUGUUUAAUUCUCUUUUGUUUUACGUGUCACUUUUACAGUGAACUUCAACAAGCAGUGAAAAUUAAACAGCUUGAAGCAAGCAUGCAUUGCUCUUAUUUGGCGAACUUUACAAGCGAGAGCGUAAGAACAAAGGAAUACAGAACAUUAAAAAAAAACACUACUCAAUAUAUUACUACUAAUCCAACUAAGGAAUACAUUAAAAAAGUGUGUUAAGUUCAAGUGUGUUUUAAUAAGUUUAAAUUUGUUUAAAGCAUGUUGGAGGUGUUUACCUGUUAAAAAACAAAAAAUAGUACCUCUAUAUCAGAUUUUCACCUAUUGUGGGCGGGUCUGGAACGUAUCCCACGCAACAAACGGGGGUUCACUGUAUAUACUGUACAUACAUUGGCUUUCAAUGGCCUUGAUGUUCGGUCUCUCUGUGUGUGUGUGUGUGUGUGUGUGUGUGUGUGUGUUGGUGGGCUCCAGUUUUGCUAUAGUCAAGUAGGUUGUUCAGGUACCUUGAGUUUUUUAAUUUAUUUUUUAAAAUUUAUUUCUUACAAUAGAUGAAAGAAGCAAGGUACAGUUUUUCCCAUCCAUGGCCUUAUUUAAAAUAUUUGUUUGAUGUUGUCUGGUCCAAGACUUGAUUUGUGAUGAAUGUAUUAUGUUGUGUCAGCCUAAAAAACACUAGCUUCUGGCAUAAAAAAAAAUUCUGUCUAAUCUGAAAGAAGAAACAUUUUUUUUUUUUUUUUUUUUACAGUUGUCAUUAUCAAAUUUAGCAUUUUUUGUUCACAAUGUGAAUGGGAACACAUGAGUAAAUAGUGAUGAGUAAAUAAAAGAGGGAAACUAUUUUGUGUGCAGAUAAGUCUUUUCGUUGUCACAAGUUAUAGAAACCGGUUUUGUCAGUUUGACAAUUGAAAUAAUAAAAAACUUGACUUUUUA